AGUACUCCUCCAGCAUUCCUAGCUUCCCAGGGCAUGAAAAGGGAGAGGUGUCCACCAAAGAAAAAAACAACUGCGCGAGCAAACAACUUUGAACAUAUUGAGGAUUUGUUCCUGACAGCACCUGCCAUUGAAUCUGGAAGGAACAUGUGUUUCAUGAAUGCUGCUAAUGGGACGUUAUUUGACCUUACAGUGUGGGGACCUUGUUUUUAAUAGCUGUUGAUCCUGUGUCCUCAGUGGAAAAAAAAAACAGGUUACCAAAAUGAUUUUUCAGCUUAUUUUUCCUGCUUGUCUGAUAUUGGCUGCUACAUCCAGUGCUUCAUUCAUAACGGCUCCUCCUGAUGGACUCACCAGCAAAGCCGAAAAUGUAACAUCUGCUGUUCCUGUGUUCACUGCCUCAAAUAUAACCAUUGCACCAAAUUACACCUGGAACAGCCCCACUUCUACAAAGAAUACCCCAAGCGUGGCUGCUACAAUUUACGAAAACUCAACCAAGGAUAGCCCAGCAUUAUCAACAUCAACAUUACAGCCAGAAAACACAAUCACAUCAACAAACACACAGCUAACAACAACCCUGCAACCUUCAGCCAAUGCCACAGCAGGGCCUACUGGAAUAGUCCCUGUUUCUACUCAUGGUACCUUACCCAGUGCCAACACAGACAAGGCCUCCAAUGCCCCCCCUCAUGGAUAUCAGACAACUGAACCAAACCCUUACAAAAACAUCUCAGCAUGGACAUUCAGCUCUGCACAUCCCAUUACUGAAGCAGGUGUUCCAAGUGGAAUGAGCUACUCAGAAAAGAGCAUGACCAUUUUCUUCAGUGUUUUGCUUGGCAUCGUGGUCCUGGUCAUACUCAUGUACAUCAUUAAAAGAUGUAAACGAAAGACUCAGUACUCUCAUCGCCCACUCUGUAACAGCUCUGAGGAAACAGUAGACAGAUUUGUGGCAGCAGACGACACUCUCGUGAUCUCAGGAGGACUCUAUGAUGGACCUUGUAUCUACAACCCCACCAUCAACACUCUGAAUGAGGAGGAGGAGUUCCAUAAUGAUCAACCCCCAUUUGCUCCUCGACCCACCCACUUCCGACUAGAGUUCUUGAAUGAAGACCAAGAGAGCAAGUCCCUGGAUUACAAGACUUCUAAAUUGGAAACUUUUCAGCCAGUGGAAAAAGAUUCUUAAACUACCAAAUUCAAAGUUUGCAUAUAUUUUUACUCAUUUCUUUCAAACUUUAUUUUGUAUUUAUUUCUCCAAAAUGAACUU